UAUGCAUGCCGCAUCGCAGUACAGUACCACUAGAUAACUGCCAAAAUAAACCGUACCGGUACGUCACUGCACUGUUAACGACGCCAUAGACGUUUUGCCGGAAGGUGAGCAAACAGGAUUCAAUCAUUACUUCGCUCUAUUACUGUUUUCGAGAUCUUUUAGUUUUGGUGGCUGGAGAUAGAGUGAGAUUGUCAACAUGCUCCCCGUGAGAAAAGCUGCAAGUCUCGGAUUGUUGAACAGAAUUCUUUCUACGAGCAAGUCCAGACUUUCACAGCAUGUUGCUCCAGCAAGCUUUACUGCUGUGAAUGAACCAAUCCUUGACUAUGCACCAGGUAGCCCCGAGAGGAAAGCAGUUGAAGAAUCCCUUAAAAGGAGAUGGGGAACUCAAGAGGACAUACCAUGUGUGAUUGGAGGAAAGGAGAUCUUUACUGGAAACACAGAAAAGGAAGUAGCUCCAUUUGAUCAUCAACAUGUGCUUGCCAAGGUUCACUACGCAGACAAGAUGGUGAUUGAGACGGCGAUAAAAACGGCGUUGGAAGCCAGGGAGGAAUGGGAUAGGAGACCGUUGCAAGAAAGGGUUGAUAUACUUGUCAAGGCUGCUGACCUGGUGUGUGGGAAAUACAGAGCGGAGCUGGCCGCUAGCUGUAUGAUGGGCCAGGCCAAGACCGUCCUCCAAGCUGAAAUUGAUAUCAUCUGCGAGCUGGCCGACUUCUACCGCUUCCAUGGCAUGUACGCCCUCAACUGGUUGGAGAAUGCACAGCCCAUCAGCACAUCUGAGUCCACUAACACCGUCCAUUGUCGAGGUCUUGAGGGCUUCGUGGCAGCCAUUGCUCCUUUCAACUUCACAGCCAUCGGAGGAAACUUGGCGGGUACUCCGGCGAUGAUGGGUAAUGCUGUUUUAUGGAAACCAAGUCCGAAUGCCGUCUACUCAUCGUACGUUGUCUUCAAUAUCUUAAGAGAAGCUGGAAUCCCAGACGGUGUCAUUAACUUUGUGCCGGCCGAUGGACCUGUGUUUGGGGAUACAGUCACAAGCAGUCCUGAUCUAGCUUGCAUUGCUUUCACCGGCAGUACCGGAACGUUUAAGAGGUUAUGGCAGCAAGUUGGUGACAAUCUGAAUAUCUACAAGACCUUCCCCAAGAUAACUGGAGAAUGUGGUGGCAAAAACUUCCAUCUGGUCCACCCGACAGCCGACGUGGAGUCCGCAAUCAUCGGGACGCUUCGUUCUGCCUACGAGUUUGGAGGUCAGAAGUGCUCGGCCUGCUCAAGACUCUACAUCCCUCAGAGCAUGUGGCCUGCUUUCAAGGAAGGAUUGGUCGAGAGGCAAAAACAAAUCAAGCUGGGAUCGCCCCUUGAUUUCACAUCAUUCCUCUCUGCUGUCAUUAAUGAACCGGCUUACAAGAAGGUGAAAAGCUAUGUAGACUAUGCAAAGAGUUCACCAAACAUCACGAUUCAUGCUGGUGGGACUUGUGAUGACCGAGUUGGUUACUUUGUUGAGCCAACAUUGGUUGAAGUUUCCGAUCCAUCUGACCGUAUCAUGAGAGAAGAGAUCUUUGGACCUGUCGUUUCGGCUUACGUUUAUCCAGAUGAUAAGUUUGACGACAUCGUAAAAUUCAUUGACUCAACAUCACAUUAUUCCUUGACUGGUGCCCUCUUUGCUGGAGACAGCAAAGUAAUCGAGGACACCUGCUCCGUCCUUCGUGAAAGUGCUGGUAACUUCUAUGUUAAUGACAAGAGUACUGGCUCAGUUGUAGGUCAACAACCAUUUGGAGGUGCCAGGAUUUCAGGUACAAACGACAAACCAGGAAGCUCGCUCUAUCCUCUCCGCUUCGUGUCGCCGCUGACUGUCAAGACCACCCAUAAUCCCCUGCGAGAAUGGCGCUACGCUCACAUGAAGGAAUAAUCAAAAUGUAAUGGACUUUUGAAACUCUUCAGCUCUUUAAAACCCUGUGUAGAGGGUCCAUCUUCAAGCAUCUCUUUGUGAGAGAUUCUUCGUUAGGGACCCCUAGCACACUUGAGAUGUGACCAGACAAUAAUGAACACAUAUCACAGGUGUGCAACACUUCAUCCUCAGUUCGCUGUCUUGAUCCAUGUAAGCCUUAUUUGUUAACAUAUUAAAUAUGAAUUUAAAAUCCAUUAUUACAUCAUAUAAUGUUGAUCUACAAACUUACACGUAAACUCUCGAGUAGAGUCGUGAUCAAGUUACUUUAUUUGGAGUUAUCCUACCUUUGUUACUAAAUAUUUCCUGAAUAUUUAUGUAACCUGUUUCAGUCUACAAAUCAGUCCCUAAAGGUGGUCCAAAAUAAGGAUCUUAAACUUGAAACUCAAUCAUGACUCUUAAAGUUUUUUAAUUUGUAUGUAACCUAAAUGCAGUAAUUCUUUUUAUUUUUUCUUAAUGAUAAUGUAAGUUGAACAAAAUAUAUUUUACAAAGAGGAAGUUGCAUGAAGAUGAGGAUGCAAACAAGAAGUGAGAACGGGUUUGUAUAAUGGUGUCAAAGGAGGAGAUCUCAUGUUUGAAAUAAGAAGGUUGGAGUCUCAGCCUGUGUAUCAUGUAAUGAGAACCAGAGCACAACUUCUUAGUGUAAUGGAGUUGGGCCUGAGCUGUGCAAGCCAUUGCAAGUUGCUUAACUGCCACUCAUCCUUGUGUUUGUGUGGGAAAUCAUGAGUGAGAUUUGUGGAGGUUUGAUGCAAGAUACAUUAUAUACAUGUGAAUCUGCCGAAGUAAAAUCUUUUAGGACCACCGAAUCUGUUCCACUUUGGCAAUAUCUGAUUUAGAAGAUGAAAAUUGAUAUGUUUUUGCAUCUUUUUUGGUCCGAAAAAUACCCUGAUGUUGAUGAAUAUUUGACUUAUGGAAGGUUGCUGACUUAAGCAGAGUCUUCUGGACCAUUCAUUAUUGCAUGUGUGUCUAUCAUAUUCAGGAGUUUCAAUACAUUGAGUAAUUACAAACUUGUUCCAUUUAAAGGAUGUCCAAAGCUGCCAUCAAAAGCUACUGUAUGUCAGGCGUGUGUUCUGUCGAAGUUUAAGGAUGCGCAGACAAGAUUACAUCUGAUUCGAGGCCAUCCAAUUACAUUAUGAGCAAGGCAACCUGAUCUGGAAAUGAGUUUACUAAUAAUUGCCCCAACAAAGAAGAUAAUUUCUUUUUUGCCUGGGGAUUUGUACUCAUGAGAUAUUUUAUAAUCCUAUUUUAUUUUGCUUAGAAAAUGAGAAUGGCAUGAAUGAUUUGAGAUCAUUUUCAACCCAUCUAAAGUCUUUGCAGACUGCAGAGUUAAGUGUUUUUAAAUGAGAAAAAAUAUGGUCACAUACAUUUCUGAGACUUAUUUGAUAUUCUUCAUUUGCCCAAACAAUUUAAUUUGAAUUCUGUGAAUUCAAAGCUUAUUUUUUGACACAAAAAAAUCAGUGUACAAUUUACUGUAUAUGUUUCAAAUGAAAUGGUUUCAGAAUGAUAACAUGCGUACAUGUUUUGCAUUGUAUAAUAGUGUAAUAACUUAAUCAAUAUAUUUUUUAAACAUUAAAAAGAUUAUCAUACAGGAUCUUCCAUUAGAGCUGCGUCAUCUUUAUUUUGGAGAGGAGGAAUCAAAAGAGGAUCAAAUCUUAUUUUUUUAAUCAAAAAUAAUCUAUAGCAGUUUUAAAUUAGUCUCUUAAAGGUCACGUCCACCUCAGAAAAAUGUUGAUUUGAAUCAAUAGAGAAAAAUCAGACAAGCACAAUGCUGAAAAAU